AUGCCACCACCAACCACCCACACCCUCGCCCUCAUCACAAUCGGCCAAUCCCCCCGCCACGACUACGCGCCCGACCUCCCCUCGCUCCUCCCCCCACGCACGCGCCUAGUCCAACACGGCGCCCUCGACGCCCUCUCCCUCGCCGACGUCCGCGCCCAACUGGCGCCCCUACCCAGCGAAAAAGAUGCAGGUAGACAAGUGCUCGUCUCGCGCAUGCGCGACGGCACCGAGGUCAAGAUGGACGCUGCGCGGCUGGAGCCGCUGAUCGAAGCGUGUGUGAGGCGCGUUGCCGCCGCUGCUGUCGCGGCUAGAAAAAAAGGCGCUGAGGGGGCAAAGGAAGGUGAUGACGAGGCUGUCGACGCGAUCUUGCUGCUCUGCACGGGCGAUGUGCCGGCGUUUGGGGCGGACUUGGGCGUGCCGGUCGUCGUGCCGCAGGAUGCGGUGAGGCGGUUUAUGGAGGAGAAGGGGGAAGGGAGAAAAGGUGCUUGGAAGCUGGUGCUCGUGAGCCCGGAGGAGCGGCAGGUGCAGGCGGCGCGGGGCCGGUGGGAGGGCGUGGGCGGGUGUGAAGUGCUUGGGGCGGCCGCGGCGACGCCGUAUGGGGAUGCGAGUACUGGGGAGGUCAUGAAGGUGGCGGAAUGGAUGAGAGGGCUUGCUGGGAGCGAGACGGGGAGAGUGCUAGUGUAUUUGGAUUGUAUGGGGUAUACUUUGGAGCAUAAAAGGAUGGUAGAGGGUGUGGUUGGCGGAACGGUCGAGGUGGUUGUUCCGAGGGAGGUGGCAUUCCGGGCAGUAGGGAGGCUGUUUGGGGAAGAGUAA